AUGGAGAUCAGACGAUGGCUCCUCCAGUUUCUUGCCCUUCUCACCAUGACCACUGCCCUUCUUUUGAACCCAUCCGCUUCCACUUCCAGCUCCAUCAGCACCGUCGACGACCUCCCCACUCUCCUAUCAUUCAAAUCCCUCAUCACGAAGGAUCCCUUGGGCGCACUCUCCUCAUGGACAAUCAACAGCAGCUCCAACGGCAGUACUCAUGGCUUCUGCAGCUGGACCGGCGUGAAAUGCAGCAGGACUCACCUGGGCAGUGUCAUGGCACCGCGCUUACAAGGUCUUAGCCUCUCCGGGACGGUUUCACCAUUUCUUGGGAACCUCUCCCGCCUCCGCGUACUCGAUUUGUCCAACAACAAGCUUGAAGGUCAGAUCCCUCCUAGCCUUGGUAACUGCUUUGCUCUCCGCAGGCUCAACCUGAGCAUGAACUCCCUGUCCGGUGCCAUCCCUCCCGCCAUGGGAAACCUGUCAAAGCUGCUUGCUAUGGGUAUUAGCAUCAACAAUAUCUCGGGUACCAUUCCUCUUUCGUUUGCAGAUCUUGCUACAGUCACCGUGUUAAGUAUAACAAGUAACUCUGUGCAUGGGCAAAUACCACCAUGGCUUGGCAAUUUGACAGCGCUGAAACGUUUGAGCAUGGCUGAGAAUAUGAUGAGCGGCCAUGUUCCACCAACUUUGUCUAAGCUUAUCAACCUUCAAUAUCUGACUCUAGCAGUCAAUAACCUGCAAGGUUUGACCCCUCCAGUGUUAUUUAAUAUGUCGUCACUUGAGUACCUCAAUUUUGGGUCAAACCAACUGUCAGGCUCUCUACCACAAGAUAUUGGCUCUAUGCUUCCUAACCUGACAGUUUUCAGUGUAUUCUACAACAAAUUUGAAGGCCAGAUUCCUGCCUCCUUGUCAAACAUAUCUGGUCUUGAACUUAUCGUUCUCCAUGGGAAUAGAUUUCGGGGACAGAUCCCAUCAAAUAUUGGCCAAAAUGGAUGUUUGAUUGCAUUUGCAGUAGGGGACAAUGAGCUGCAGGCUACAGAGUCAAGGGAUUGGGAUUUUCUGACCUCCUUGGCUAACUGCAGCCGCCUAUUUUCUGUAGGUCUUCAACUGAAUAACCUUUCAGGGAUUUUGCCAAAUAGCAUCAGUAAUCUGUCGCAAAAACUUGAAACUCUUAAAGCAGGAGGAAACCAAAUUGCUGGGCAUAUACCUACAGGCAUAGGAAGAUAUUACCAACUCACGAUGCUUGCGUUUGAGGAAAACCUUUUCACAGGAACCAUCCCUUCAGAUAUAGGAAAGCUAUCCAACCUCAAAGCACUAUCUCUAUCUCAGAAUAGAUGCCAUGGGGAGAUUCCAUCGUCAAUAGGCAACAUAUCACAACUAAGUCUGCUAACCCUUUCAGCCAACAAUUUGGAGGGUAGCAUUCCAGCUACUUUUGGCAACCUUACUGAGUUAAUCUCCCUGGACCUUUCCUUGAACCUCUUGAGUGGGCAAAUCCCAGAAGAAAUGAUGAGCAUUUCCUCCCUGGCUGUAUUUCUCAAUCUCUCAAACAAUUUAUUAGAUGGACCUAUUUCUCCACAUGUUGGGCAGCUAAUCAAUCUUGUAGAAAUGGAUUUCUCAUCAAACAAGUUAUCAGGUGCAAUCCCAAAUACUCUUGGUAGUUGUGUAGAAUUGCAAUUUCUAUACUUACAAGGGAAUCUCUUGCAUGGAAACAUUCCAAAAGAACUCAUGGCAUUAAGAGGGCUAGAAGAGCUGGAUCUCUCUAAUAAUAACUUAUCAGGACCUGUCCCUGAAUUUCUUGAGGGCUUCCAGCUUCUGAAGAAGCUAAACCUUUCAUUCAAUCAUCUAUCAGGUCCGGUGCCAGAUAAGGAGAUCUUUUCAAAUGCAAGCGCUAUAUCUCUCACGAGUAAUGGCAUGCUAUGUGGUGGCCCUGUAUUCUUUCAUUUCCCUACAUGCCCAUACCCAGCGCCUGAUAAACCUGCACGUCACAAACUGAUUCACAUCUUGGUGUUUACUGUGGCGGGAGCAUUCAUCCUUCUCUGUGUCAGCAUUGCUAUACGCUGUUACAUUAGGAAGUCAAGAGGUGAUGCCCGCCAAGGUCAGGAAAACAGCCCUGAGAUGUUUCAGAGGAUCUCAUACGCUGAGUUGCAUUCGGCUACAGAUUCAUUCUCUGCAGAAAAUUUGGUUGGCCGUGGAAGCUUUGGUAGUGUAUAUAACGGGACUUUUGGUUCUGGUGCACAUUUAAUUACUGCGGCAGUGAAGGUACUUGAUGUCCGACGACAAGGAGCCACAAGGAGCUUCAUCUCUGAGUGCAACGCUCUCAAAAGGAUUCGACAUCGCAAACUAAUCAAGGUUAUCACAGUGUGUGAUAGCUUGGACCACAGUGGCAGCCAAUUCAUGGCACUUGUGCUAGAGUUCAUUCCAAAUGGAAGCUUGGACAAAUGGUUACACCCGAGCACAGAAGGCGAGUUCCUGACACCAAACCUGAUGCAGAGGCUAAACAUUGCUCUUGAUGUGGCGGAGGCACUGGAAUAUCUCCAUCACCAUAUUGAUCCUCCAAUUGUUCACUUGUCAGGACCCCGAUUCCAAGUCACAUCGAUCUAGCCGGUAACACCUUAUAUCACUUUGCGGUCUCACGCACGGUAUUCCCACGGGUGUCGC